CUCACCGGGCGGGCGAGGCUGUCGCGCGCCCGGCCACCUUGGGCGUCACUCCGGCCAAGAUGGAAGGCAGAGGCGAGGCCUCCUCCCCGAGGGCCGGAGACAGCUCCCCGCGGACGCCCACGGACACGCCGGCCAAGCAGAGACACGUGGCGAAGGAGCAGCCGGCCCCCAGCAGGAGAGACAGAGCCGCCGGUGACACGAAGACGCCUCCCGAGCGCCGCGUCAGGACGGCCGAAAAGCCUCCGGCGCCACAGGAAGCGCCCUCGGCGAGAACGAAGCCAAAGAAAGCGGAGAUGGAGGCGGCGAGGCUGCCGUCGCCGGCGGAGGUGAUCCAGAAGGUGCGCGAGCGCGUGAGCGACGGCUCCCCGACGAGCAAGACGCCUCCGGCCGCGGACGACGACAAGGACGUGUGCGAGGCCGACAAAGCGGAGGACGAGCGCGAGUUCUACAAGAUCAGCGUGCAGACGAGGCUCGUCAGCUACAACAACAGCACGCUGGUCAUCAAGAACACGUCGAAGGCCGCGGCGGUGGGCGACAGUGCGCACAGCGACGCCGAGGCUGACUCAGCCGAAGCCACCUUGCAAAGCUCAUCAGCGGCGGCAGCUGGGGCGGGCGCCGCCGCAGCUGACGUGGAAGCUGACACUGGCUGCGCCGCCCCCCGCUGCCACCCUGCGGCCAGCGACGUCGGCCUGUUUCGCACGGGGAGCCUCCGGGGGAAACUCAGUACCUUCGUCAGCAGGGGCAGCAACAUCGUCAGCAAGGGCAGCGACUUCGUGAGCAGAGGCAGGAACUUCCUGUGCGACGUCUACAGCGCCACGCACAGCAGGCUGGCCGCCCGGAUCGCCGGCAGCGACGAGAGCGGGCCGAGCACGCGCUCCGUCUCGCCCUGCAGCGCCGCCUCCUUCGACGGGGACGACCUUCGCGUGGGCGGCGCCAGGGACAGCGACAGCGGCUACUUCAGCAUCAGCGAGGGCAACCCGGGCUUCCUCAGGCGCCACGUCCGCGCGGCGUCGUGGCACUGCCCCAGCGCCUACCGCGGGAUGCCAGGCGCCUCCCCGCCGCCGCCCUGCCCCCCCGCCUCCUCCUCCUCGACCUCCAGCAGCGGGGGCGCCGCCGCCGCCACAGGAUGCGAAGGCGCGAGGCGAGCCCGCGAUGGACGCAGAGGAGGUCGCGAGGCCAGAGGGCGCGGAGGAGGGCGGCGCCGAGGGGGAGGAGGGGGGCGACGGGGCGGCGAAGGGCCCGAGGGUGGACGAGGAGUGGAUCAAGAAAAACAUCCUGUGCACGUGCAAGUGCCAGCGCCGGGCCGAGGGCGUCGAGGGGCGCACGGAAGGGGCGCCGACGACGCCGACGAGGCGCAGAGCGGCGCCAACUGCGAGAGCAUGAUUAGCGAGAGCAGCGCCACGGAGAGCGAGGCGCAGGAGGAGGCGCAGGAGGAGGAGGAGGAGGAGGAGGACAUGUGCUUCUGCUCUUGCCACGAGGUCGGCCCCGACGGACACGUCCUGCAGCACCUGCCGCAGGAGGUGAAGGAGCUCCUCGACGCGGACCACGCAAGGAUGUGGUGGACCAUCACGGGGAACUUCGGCAACAUCCUGCCCAUCGACUGGAGCAAGACCUACACGCGGCAGCAGUACCUUCCCGUGCUCAAUCUCAACGAGGCUAAGGGGGCGGCCAGCCCCGAGGACGACGACGCCGAGGAGGAGGAGGGUGCGCAGGACCUCGACCUCCACCACCUCAUCCAAGGCCUCAGCGCCGAGCCGGUCAAGAGCGCCGAGGAAGUCAUCAGAGAAAUCGAUGACAUCAUGCAGGAGGGCAGUUCCUCCGAGGACGAGGGUGUGGAGGAAAGCACUUCGUCAGGAGAGAAUUCUCAGGAUUCCUCGGUCAGGCCUCUCCCUCCCCCCCUCUAUGCAGACAAACUGAAGAGCAUGAGCGUGGCCGAGCUCAAUGAGUCGGUGAUGGAGCUGGAAUUGGUAAUCCGGGAAUAUUCCGAGACCCUAAUCAGCCAACUGGCUCUGCGGGACGAGCUGGAAUAUGAAAAGGAACUCAAGAACUCCUUCAUCUCGCUUCUUCUUCAGGUGCAGAACAAGAGACGGAACUUCAACGUCGAGAAGAAGAAACAGAAGAAGGUUGGACCAAAUGGCACUGAUCCUAAGUAUCUGACGACAGUGAUCCCUUACGAUGUCGGUCACGGGCCCCCAGAAAACCAGACACUCCAGAUCCUUAUUAAAAUUUUGAUGGCUAUUAAUGAGGACAGCCCGACUGUUCCCACAUUACUCACUGACUACAUCCUGAAAGUGUUGUGUCCAUCGUGAGCUUCUGCCGUAACACGUACAGCCAUGCCAACCAAUAAGUAAAUCUGGCGGCUGCGGAGACCAAACACAACCUUACAAAAAGUGGCUGGAGCCGAGACAUUCCGCACACACACUGAUGUAUAGAGUUACCCGUCUGCCUGAGUUGACUGUACAUACACUGCAUGUCAUUUAUCAUUUUAAGGUGACACAGAAAUGAGUUUUCUCUAUUGAUUAUAAAGGACCGUAUUAUCAGAAUUAUCAAAACAAAAUUGGGGAAGAGAAAAAGUACUCUGACAUUUAUAAAUUGCAUUAAUUCACCCAACUAAAUAGACGAUAUAGGUAUUCCUAUAGGAGCUAGUCAACUGUGCCAAUGGCCAACGCAUGACAGUCAAGAAAUAUUAAGCUGAAAAUGUAUGUUUUUAAACCAAGGAUGCAUUUUACUAACACACUUUAUAUGGUUAAUGUAAAAGAGGAAAAUUUUGAGGAAUGAUAAAACCAGGAAAUGACUGAACUAGUCAGUUACUUAGGCAUGUUAUCAGAAAGAUAUGUAUGUAUAUAUUAACAUUAUUUGGGAGUUUUUAUUUCUACAAACACAUUCACGUUAAAUAUUGUCAUGAAGUCAGAUGUGUAAAGAUACCCUCCAAGCCACAUUUUAUGCAAUUUGGGAAGUAAGAACUGCCGGCAAAGGAAUCAAGCAAGGUGUGUAAAUGGUUUGUUUUGUGUAUAUUCAAAAUGUUCUUUUAUUUCUCCCUUUUUUUGUGCAUGAGGAAAAAAAAAUGCUGUACUUGAAAAUUGCAAAAAUCUGACAUUUUACACAAGUACUCAAGUUGUCACAAAAUACCCUCCAGAAGUCUUAGUCUUCUUAAAAAAAAGAGUUUUAAUACUGAAGAUUUGCCAUGCUUAAGGUAAUAAAAGAUCUGCUGAUGGUUGUAUUAUGCUAUUUCCAGAAGCCCAAGUGCAAUUGCUGUAUUAAGUACUGUAUGUGUGUGUGUGUGUGGCUUGAAGUAGACUUAAGUUGAUAAACAGGCAGACUGAAAACUUUAGUUGUCUCAUCACAAAAAAAAAAGAAUAGAAGAUACUUUGCAGGAAUGAAUGCAAUACAAGAU